AUGGCGGACCCUAAUGCCCCGUGGCGAGGCCGUCCAGGGCCAAAGAACCCCUCCCCGCCGAAUGCCAACAGCCCACUCUCGCCCGCUAGUGCUGGAAAUACCCCCGUUUCUUUUCGACCCAAUGUGAAUCGCGCAAAGACAAAGCGUUGGGCGCAAGCAAAGCAGCCCUCCUACGACGGUGGAGACUGGGGAUCUGAAGACGAGGAGGAGGAGGAGGAGGAGGAAGAGCAACCCCCUGCUGUACCUCGGCCCCCAUAUGCAACACAUAGAACCACUAGCUCGUCAGAGUUGAGCUCCAGGCGUCCAUCGGGGCUUGGAUAUGGUGGCGAAGAAUCGCGAGCCAGUCCAGCUGCGGCAACGCCGACUGGAGGUGAUCAGAAGAAUCUGCCAUUUGUCAGGCCGGCCGACAUUUACAGACGCGCAUCGGAUGAGCCAUCCACUCAACAAGGGCCAGCGGGCUUCGGGCUGCAAAGCGUUGAGCCAGCACCGCUUGGAGCUCAUACUCCGAAUAUAACUCAAAAUCCGCCCUUGGGGCUACCUGAGGUCAAGCGCUUCUCUGGCUUCGGAUCUGAUUUCUUCACUGGAACUGACUCUAACCAGCAAAAUCCGAGCUCCGAUCAGAACUCUCUGCGCCACAACCCCUCGCAAGCCUCUGAGACCUCACAGGGAUUCCGAUCAGUGGUCCACCAAGCUUUUGAUGUCCCUGAAACUCCAAACUCCACCACAGACAGUGUGACCCACCCCCACGAUCCCGAAGAGCCUGCCGAUGCCAGCACUCCGACGGGCGCUACACAGGAGGCGGCCGAAGCGCCAUUUUUCAAGCCUGGCCAUCGGCGUGACAUCAGUCUUCCAGAGCGAGAUAACAGUCCCUCCAAGCGUCCCGUAGUUACCGACCAUGAUACUCCUUCGGCUGGUCGAGCGGAGUUUACCUCAGUAUCCCCAGGGCAAAAGAACAGAUCACCUGAGCGAUCUGUCGACACCACUGCCGCGCCCACAAUCCCUCCUCCGAAUGCUCCUGAUGGCGAUUUUGUUGCGCCUCUCAAAUUUGGCAGUGCCGGCACGUCGGGGUCGGAAGGCUAUCGGGGCAGUAUUCCCGCUAUCGUUGGCGCUAAUACCUCCCCUAACGAGGCCGAUAACGACCGACUUCGAGAAGAGAUAAUGCGUUCGUUGAGCAGAGAAAACUCCCAGGAACCGGAAGAACAACCUCGGCCGUCUCAGCCAGAAGCAACUCAAGAUGCUUCCAUCCCGCACCAGUAUGAAAAGUAUUGGGAUGGGCAGACAGGUCCAGGCGAUGGAUCCCAAAAGGAACUCGUCUCCGAGUCUCAUCCGGACUGGGCAAGCUCUCACCCUAUGGCUCCUCGGGAUCCUUAUGCGGCCCCUUCACAGGAGCCGCAGCCUGUUUCAGCCGAACCCAAGAAGCCAAAAUUGGGCAGACGAUUCUCGUGGGAAUCAGCCUCUUCAGGCGGACCUCCUCCUGUUAACUACGAUUCGCCUGAUGGUUUGGCGCCACAAGCACCGGAUCCCAUUCCCGACCACGAAGAACUCAAUCUUUCAUCUCAAGGGGUGACUGAUGGGGAAGUUUCUGGCGCUGAAAGUCAGAAGGCAGAGAGGCCUAGACUCUCCAUUGUUCCCCCAGUAUCUCAAAAUCCCACUCCGCCCGAGCAAGUCAUUCCACCCCUGGAGGGAUCUCAACUAGAUCUGUCACUGCCCGACUAUACUGGGUCCUCGAAGGUUGAUGAGACUAAACUUCAGGGCUUCCGCGAUAUCCUUCAAAUUUCCACUCCAGCAGCGCGUGUGCGAGCCUUUGAGGAGACAAGAACCCAAUUUGCAACUCUUGACACUGGUUUGAAUCACUGGCUUCAAGUUACGCUCCAUGACCAGCCGCAACAUGCCCAUCUUAUUCAGGAAAGCCAGACUCUAUCCUCCGCUUUCCCCAAGGCCUCUCCUACCACUCGUCGAUUCCCCAAGCUGACGUCCCUUGGUAAUUUAUCUGCGACGCCUCGGGAGGACGGUACUCCUACCAAUACCAGUCACAUACGGCGUCCCUCUGGCCAUAUUGGAACCAUUGUGAACAGGCAAAAUGUCGAGCAGCAUGGAAAGGAGUUCUUGCACACGGCAGGCAAAUUUGGUGGAAAGGCCGGCGAGGCGGCCAAGGGCCUGUUCGCUAAGGGAAGAAGCAAGUUCCGACAAGGUGGAAACGACAAGGGACAAUCGCCGUCUGCACGCAAAAGCUUGCAGUUUCAAUUCUCUUUCCAGUCCGAGUCGGCCAACUCCACUGGCUACUCUGGUAAAACACCCCGACGCAGCUCUCUCAAUUUCAACAGUCUACCUGUCUUCAAAUUCGGGCGCAGUGACGGUUCUGCUCCCGAUGCAAAGGACCCUGCCUCCAUAGAAGAUUCACAGGAUGAACGUGAACGCGAGGGUAAACGCAUCAAGUCCAGAGGGUCUUUGGAUUUCUUUGGGUUAAGCCAGAAGGGCAAUGAGGGCAAUGAAGCUAAGCCUGAAGCAUCGCAGUACAUGAAUGAUUUUGAGAAGGAGAUGAAUGCUGCGUUGGGACUUUCACCAACAGAAACCCGUGCUCAACAGUCUAAGCAACAAACCAUUGCCGAGCCUACUAAAUCUUCGCAAUUUGUGAGGCCUAUCCAACCUACUCGGCCCACUGAACCUGCUAUCGAAGCUAUCGAAGCUAUCGAAGCUUCAAAGGAGACUGAUAAUCUACAGCUCUCGUCGAGGGAAGAACCGAUGAUCUCGGCCGAUGCAGCCGAUGCAGCCGAUGUCACCGAUGCCAAUGCGUACCUCGCAUCUUUACCCUUGGGGGAUAUACCAGAUCCCGAGAAGGACCUCUCGAUCCCACCUGCUGAACGCACCGAUGACUCUGCUUCAUCCGAAGCAGCAGAUCUGCCAAGUCAAUCUGGAGUAGAAGCGUCUCACACCACUAUUCCCUCAAUUCGUGCCGUGCCUGAAGAGGAUACAAAACCUCCAGCUCCACCAAAGGACUCUCCAAUUGAAGAACCCGAGUCGAUUGACUUGCCACCUGUGCCGCCAAAGAAUUUCACACCCGAAUCCGGCCUUUUUGAACAUCGAUACCAUCAGAAGCCUGAAGAGAGUCUAGCACCUCCACAACCAAGCCAUACUCCACGCCAACCAUCUGUCUCGACACUCGGGGAUGAAAAUAAGUCUGGAGCUCACUCCUCCUCUGAAGAUGACAGCACUCCACCUUCGCCUAUUCACGCAGCUACUGAGGACAUCAUUGACCCUCGCCCUGAAGACCACAUCUAUGGCAAGCCCAUUCCACCAAGCAACAUUUCCCAAACUUCCCUUCAACCAGGCGACCCGCAGGAAGUCCUCGAGUCCAAGCGCAGAUCAAUCAGUGGACUUCCACCAUCUACGCCCGGCGUACAAAGUCCGCUGAGGAACGAAGUGAGGUAUUCACCCGGAACCCGUAGCAGCAUGUUAAGCUUCGGCAGCUUCGGUCGCCAAAGUACCAGUAACAGCAAAGGAGGAACUCGUCCGAACACGCCGGGCAAUGAUUUGUCACAGCAGGAUUCAUCAGGCUCCGCUGCGCAAAACGGUGAUUCAAAGAUGGAGAAGUUGAAGAGUUUUGGGCGGCGACGUCGAGCUUCGGUCGGUAACCUCCUGACUGGUAUCCAAGGCGAGCUUCAGGGAGGUAUCCAGGGAAAUCAAGAACAACCUCAAAAGAAACGCGGCUUCAGUCGCAUCAGCGGUUUUUUCGGUCGUCAACAAGAGACCCAGCAGCCACCCAGCCAGCCCCAGGAACGCAGGGAAACGAUUCAAGAUCCUCUUGACGUGAAGGAUCUACCCACGCCGCCCUUGAAUUGGGAUAACCAUCGUAUCUCUGCAGAGCCGAAUGGACACUCGUUGAACAACCGCCGCUCUAUGGAUAAGGCCCUCCCAGUGCUACCGACCCAUGAGAAUGGAAGAGGCACGGCACGUUCAUCACUCGAUCGUCCACGCGCGAGCAUUUCUGGCCCACCCACCACAUCAUCGAAUCCCCUGGGUGGCAAUCGAUUUUAUUCUCAGCUUAUGUCUGGAGAAACCCAGAAUACUCCUCAGCAUACUCGGUCCCAGAGUCAGCCUUUUAUGAUGAGCCACCCUCUCUCUCCAGUGGCCCCAUCGAUAUCAGAAAAUAGCAGUUCCCCCAAAUCAGCUUCUCUAGAUGAACUUGAAGAGAAAUCGCCAGAGUUGGAGUCGUCACCUCCAGUACCGCCAAAGUCUCCAGUGUCUGAACUGGACCGCACUAAGGAAGAUGUAAAGGCACACCGAAUACACACCCUAGCCCAAGCACCAGAACCGGAGCACGAACAAAAGCAGACCCCCGCGUCAAAUCUAGCUCCCAGUCUCAGCGUGGGAUCUCGCAAAUCCACUAGAUCUGACUUCGAAUCCACUACCUUCAACCCAAAAACUAACGAACCCAAAAAUAUCGUCGUCUCCGGCACGUCCACCACUUUCUCGCACCCCACCCGCGAGCGCGAGGCGCGUACUCUCAAUGAGACAGCUGAGCCGGUUGAGCUGGCCCUUACUCGAGACGACUCGAGCGAGGAGAUUAUCAUGUCUCCCACGGCGUAUCCAGGACAGGAGUGGACGCCGAUGCAUUAUUAG